AUGGACGCGCCCGCCCUGCGCUCCAAGUCGCUGCAUCUCAACGCCGCCCCCUUCAUCCCUACAAAGCCCCCCGACGACCACGAUCCCGACGACGAUGAGGACCUCGUGCCCAUCGCCGAGAGCUCCUUUGGCCACGGCGUCCUGCAGAAUCCCUCCGAUGCCUGGCAGUGCCUCACCAACGUCGCCCAGGACGACGACAGCCUCUGCAAGUCCGCCAGCCCCUAUCUCGCCGACUCGCACCGCUCCCUCGUUGAUACUCCCGCUACUGCUGCUGCUACUCCUCCCUCCAUCGACUCCUACCGCCUCGUCAAGAACGCCGCCCUCACCCCCGACCAGGUCUGGGACCUGCUCCUGCACUACGCUGAGCACUUCCACCCCCAUCUGCCCCUCGUCCCGCGCAUCUACUUUGACCGCAAGGCCCUCGGCGCCUUUGCCAGGGCUGAGAAGCACCUCCUGACCGCCGUCCUCACAAUCGCCUCCAAGAACCGCGUCCAGGACCCCCACAUCCACCAGGCCUGCUCCGCCUACAUGCACGAGCUCAUCUCCGCCAUCGCCGCCGGCGCCCCCUGCGAGGUCGAGGCCGUCGAGGCCCUCCUGCUCAUCGCCGAGUGGGAGCCCCCCGGCCUGCAGCCGCGCAUCAAGCCCAUCGGCCGCGGCGAGGAGAACCGCGCCGCCUGGAUGCACGUCGGCCUCGCCCUGCGCUCCGGCUACUUUCUCGGCCUCGAGCGCACCUCCUUUCGCGGAGACACCGGCGGCGACCUGCAGGCUGUCGGCCGCAGACGCCUCGCCUGGGCCAGCUGCUACGUCUCCGACCGCCUCAUCUCCGUCCGCAUCGGUCGUGCCUUUUGGUCUCGCGGGCCCGGGCCCAUGACCGGCCUCGUCAGCGACGAUUUCCCUUCCCUGCGGCCCCUGACCGCCGGAGACGAGGACCACUCCAAGAUCUUCCAGGCCACCCUCGACCUCACCCAGCUCUACGGCAACGUCCACGACGUCCUCUACUCGGGCAUGCGCACCAGCAGCCAGAUGAUGCUCAUGGGCGACUAUGUCAAGUAUGUCGACGACUUUCGCAUCGCCAUCGAUCGCUGGUACGAUCGCUGGAGCAACCUCAGCUGUGCCCCCGAAAUCAAAGUCACCCUGCAGAUGCAAUGCGUCUACCUCAGCCUCUACACAAACGCCUUUGCCUUUCAGGCCGCCAUCUCCCAGACCCUCUCCUCCAAGCCCAAAUGCACCGCCCGUGUCCAGAGAGAGUAUCUCCGCGCCACCUUUAGCGACGUGGCCUCCAUGCAGGAUUCCCGCUUCAUCUACGCCUCCGUGCGGUCCGCAAAGGAGUACCUCCGCAUCUUGAACACCUCUGUCGAUCCCGAGAAGCACCUUCGCUACCUGCCCCUCAGAUAUUACCUGUAUAUACGCUACUUAUGCCGCAGUGUUCCUCUACAAGGUACGGUGAUGCGUCUCCCUUCAACGCCUAUUUUGAUCUCAUUUUGCUCUCUGCAGGCCCAUUCCUUUGGCGUCAUCACCCGAGAAGAGCAGAUCGACAUCCGGGAAAUGAUCCGAGAAACAAUGAACCGCCUGCGACGGGCCAGCGCCGGACCGGACAACACAGGCACCCGAUACGCCCUCCUCCUCGAACGUCUCUGGUUCAAACAGUCGUCCAGCGCCGCACUCCACGGGCCCCGCCGCAACACCGACACCUCCAUCAGAGCCUCCACCAACGGAUCCGCAGAAACAACAGCCACCCAAGUCAGUCCCGCCAACGACUUUUCGUGGCUGGAUCUGGAGGCCGUCGGCGAUUUCGUGCUGGGCAAUCCCAUGCCCGGCGGCAACAUCGUCGACCUCUCUGCCUACGUCCACGAUCCCCAUCAUAAUUAUACAAACGGGACUCCGUGCCCAAUCUGGCCUGUUGACCCGAACGGCAAUCUGCUGUUUUGA